AUGUCUGCAAACUCGGAUAUAAAAGCUUCAUCUAACUCCCAAUCGUCCAAUACUUUAAACCUCAACCCUCCUGCACCUACCGAUCAGCACCAGACUUUUACUAGCAAUCAGGCAGCUCACCCCUCCGCAGAUGGUGGUGAUCAAAGUUCUGUUGCCGAUUGGGUUCAAGAUAAUACUCAUUCUGCAAAUGGUAUGUUUCUUAUUCCCCUCUGGUACUAACGAGGUUAAAGAAGCUCAGAAUUCCACUUGUAUUUUUAUAUUCACUCAUUCUCAUAUCUGGAAUAUCUCAGUAUCUAAUAAUCAUUAUUUAGGACUCCAAGCAAGCUCGGAUUCCGAGAACCAUACCUACCUAGAUCCCAUUGAAACUCGGGAGGAGCAAGUUGAUUGCCAGAAGAAAACAUGGGGGCGGAGGAGGGAGCGCAAAUUGAUCUGA